AUGGGAGAUAUAGCUUAUAAUUUAGAAAGCAAUGAUGGUAUCGUAGGCGAUGACUUUUUAAAUAUGAUAUAAAGCUUCUCUUUAAAUUUUCCAUUAAAAAAAACUGAUAAUUUUUAAAAAGUAAUCUAUAGGAAAACUUCAUACAAAGCACAGCAGCAAUUAUCCCAUAUAUGACUUUGCCUGGAAACCAUGAAAAUGCUCAUAAAAUGUUGCAUUAUCGUACUAGAUUUAAUAUGCCAAAAAAUAAUUAUGCUCCUGAAGGCCUUUUUUAUUCCUUAAACAUUGGGCCAGCCCACUUUGUUUUUUUAAACUCAGAGAUCUAUUUCGGUUAUCAGCAUGAUCUUGAAAAUAGUCAAAAACUUUGACUUAUAAAUGACUUAACAGACGCAAAUACACAUCGUAAUGAAAGGCCAUGAAUAAUAGUUAUGACUCAUCAUCCUCUGUAUUGCUCUUAUGAUUUCGCUAGACACAGCAUAGAGAGAAAUUAUAUUUGUGGAGCUGAAGCAAGAAUUUUGAGAGAUAAACUUGAAGAUAUUUUUUAUGAGCAGGGAGUUGACAUGUUUCUCGCUGGACAUUUACAUACCUAUGAAAGAAUGGGUCCAAUAUAUAAAAACAGCACAGUUAAAAGUGAACUUGAUGACUUGAAUUUGCAUUUAAAUCCACAGGCAACUGUUUACAUUCUUGACGGGAAUGGAGGAAGUGUUAUAGGGCACAACGCAGAGAUAAGUACAACCCCUCAUUUAUGGAAUUAUUACAAUUCUAAUGACUUUGGGUAUGGAAGAAUGACUGUUUUCAAUAAUACUCAUUUGUAUUUUGAGCAAUUUAGCGCUGCAAAAGAAAAAGUUACAGAUCAUAUUUGGCUGGUAAAGACCAGAAAUAGAUUUUAA